UCACUCCCUCUAAUGGAGAGUGCUCUGCUGCUGCUGCUGCACCCUUUCUCUCUCUCUCUACGUAAGCCUUCGGGAACUCGGGGGGAGUUUUUGGGAGAGACCGUUCUCCGCAUGGAUGAAUGUAAGCCCUUCUGUGGAGGGGAAAACUAGCAGGACUGCAGCUGAGAUGACGAGGAAAACUGGCGGAAACUGAGUGAAAGUGGAACAGAAGGGAGUCUGUGAGAAUCAGGAGCUGCGUGACUUUGGUUUAGUGAAAGUUUUUAGCUGCUUUGUUUCUUCUUUUCUUUACUCGGACUGGGACUGACUGACUGGGAGCAGCGAGAGGAGCUUAGCUGUCUGUCUGACCGGCUGGAGAGAGAGUUAGUGGAGAACAAAACGUUUAAAAGCCUUAAAUGGACGGUAAAGUGGCCUGAGGUGGAAGUGUGAGGGUCUGAAUCUGACUGUGUUCGAGGGGAGAAGAGAAACUUGGCAGAGAUUUCAGUGACAACAAUCUGUUCAGAGGGAAAAAAAUACACGGACAGAAAGAACUAUGGCAAAGAAAUACGACUUCCUUUUCAAGUUACUGCUUAUUGGAGACAGUGGAGUUGGUAAAACAUGUCUGAUUAUCCGUUUUGCAGAGGAUAACUUCAACUCGACCUACAUAUCUACUAUUGGUAUCGACUUUAAGGUGAAGACCAUUGAGGUUGAAGGAAAGAAGGUCAAGCUGCAAGUCUGGGACACAGCAGGACAGGAGAGGUUUAAGACCAUCACUACAGCUUACUACAGAGGAGCUAUGGGCAUUAUCCUUGUAUAUGACAUAACUGAUGAGAAAUCAUUUGAGAAUAUUCAAAACUGGAUGAAGAGCAUCAAAGAGAAUGCAUCAGCUGGAGUGAGUCGGAUGUUGCUGGGAAACAAGUGCGACAUAGAAGCUAAGAGGAAGGUUUCAAAGGAAAUGGGUGAGAAGCUUGCAAAGGACCAUGGGAUUCGAUUCUUCGAGACGAGUGCAAAGUCAAGCAUCAAUGUUGAAGAGUCCUUUAUGUCUCUGGCUCGAGACAUUUUGCUGAAAUCAGGCAAGAAAUCGGGUCCGACAGGUCGUGAGGUCAAACUUACCACCACCACCACCCCGGAGAAAAAGUCCUCCAAGUGUCUUCUGCUUUAGACCCCUCGCUGGCUGACGGAAACUGACCUCAUGACCUGAAGCGCACACAUAAACAUAAACAUACACGUACACUCCUACGAUGCAGCAGUAUUAUACAACAAGGGAUUUUAAAACGUGAGCAUAGGAUAUACAUGAGGAAAUUGCCUGGGAUGGUAAUAUCACAAUGCAGGAAAGGACCUAUUUUGCAAAGAAAUAAAAGAAAAAGAUUUUUUACAACUUGAUGAAUAUAUUUUUUUGUUUUGUAUCACAUUCCAUAGUUUGGUUUAAGUGGAGGGUUAGGGUUAGCGUAUGAUUACAGCUGUUACACUAUUUUUAUAUUGCAGCUGUACUUAAAAUAAUGUGGAGAAUGGGAGAAUUUGCACACAUUGCUGUUUUUUUUUUUUUAAAGCUGCAGUUAAAGUGUUGUGUGCAAUACCAUGUAUUUUGCAGUGCUGGAUUUUCGAUAUGAAGAUAUGAGUCAGUUAAAGACUGAUUAUAAAACUAAUCAGUUUGUUAAAACUCAGAAGCAGUAAGUGAUGAUUUGUGUGGCCUGUGCAGGUGAUCAGAUGGUAGGGUGGUGAAAGUGAGAGAGAGAGUUACAGUGGUUAUGGAAAUGAAGGAUACAGAGAGGAAAUAUUGUGUUCUAGAAAGUUGAUAAGUACGUAGGUGAGUACGUAGAAAGUACCAGAGUACCUCUGGGAGAAACUGACUUGUGGAAAGAAUCGUGCCUUUUGUUUUUAUGUAAUUAAGGCAAGCCCCUCCCCUUUCUUGCACAGCACUCUUUAGUAUCUGCCCCCAAAUGUCCUUCUUCACUCUGUCCUUUCAGAGAGCAUAUGAAAAAUUCUGUCAUGUAUGUAUUUUAAGCUGCUUUGAAUAAACUAUAAAAUGAGCAAA